AUGGCUGAUGGUUGGACUGAUGUUAAGCAACGUACAUUUAUAAACUUCUUAGUUCAUUCUACAAAAGGUAUAGUGUUUGUGAAGUCUAUUGAUGCUUCAGAGCUAGUCAAAGAUGCCAAGAUAUUAUUUCAGAUGUUUAGUGAAGUGAUAAAGUGGAUUGGCCCUAAAAAUAUUGUUCAUAUGAUGACUGAUAAUGCAGCCAACUAUGUAGCAUGUGGUCGACUGAUUCAUGAGAAAUAUAGGCAUAUUUAUUGGUCACAAUGUGCUACAUAUUGCUUGAAUCUCAUCUUGAAAGACAUUGCAAGUUUGUCUCAUGUGCUAGACCUUGCAUCCAAGGCAUCAAAGAUUAUCAUUUUUGUGUACAAUCAUACUAUCGUUUUGUCAUGGCUUAGAAAAACACAAGGUUGGAGGGAGAUUGUGUGUCUAAGAGCAACUAGAUUUGCUACCACCUUCAUUACUUUACAAAGCAUUCAUAAGCACAAGAAUGACUUGCAAGCUUUGGUGGUUGAUAGACAUUUUGUUAAUCACAAGUUGUCAAAGACAGUAGCAGGACAGAAUUUUGCUAACAUUGUCUUGGACAAUAUAUUUUGGAAUGAGUGUUAUGACAUUGUGGUGCUUGUUAGUCCCCUCAUUCGGUUGCUAAGAAUUGUUGAUGGAAAUGAAAAGCCUUCUCUUGGCUAUGUCUAUGAAGGCAUGAUAAGGGCAAAACAUGAAAUCAAGAGUUUUUGUAACAACAAUCCUCAUAAGUUUUUGUAA